UUCUUUUCUCGCUAUGUUUUUCUGUCGGAAUCACGGUUCGUUUUGGUUCUAUGUACUCUCUAAAAUUUUAUCGUUUUUCAUUUGUCUACGAAUCUUCGUGCAUUUGCUACUAAUGAGUUUCUUGAUAUCUGACUGGCCUCCGCCCACGGGCUCUGGAGAGCAUAAAUACCCAGGCUGAGGGUAGUGCAGAAGGCUCUUCCUCCUUGAUCAGCGCAACCGUUUGUUUCCUCCUGGUCUGAGGCUUAAGCGAUGGAGCAACAUUUUCCUGGCUGUGUGGAGCGGCCUUGGGAUUCCGCCGAGGUGGCGCCAGAGCCCGGGUUUCCGCCUAUUGUGAGUUCAGAAGAUCGUGGGCCGUGGCCCCUCCCUUUGUAUCCAGUACUAGGAGAGUCCUCAUUGGACAGCUGUGAUUUGGGACUGCUUUCCAGUCCUUGCUGGCGGCUACCGGGAGUCUACUGGCAAAACGGACUCUUUCCUGGAGUCCAGAGCACCUUGGAACCAAGUACAGCGAAGUCCCCUGAGUUGGGUUGGCCGGGGACACAGAAGCAGCAAGAGGCAUCCGUGGAAGAGGUGGAAGAGGUGGGGCAGGGAGAGGAACCCGACAGACUCAGGCUCCAGCAGCUUUCCUGGUGCAGUCCUCCCCAUUCCUGGAACAGGCAGCAGGACACCGACGUCUCUGACAGCGGGUGCCUUUCGGAAGGCCGCCAUCCUCCUGCCCUCCAUCUGUGGCGCCACCCCCCGGGGGGUUUCUCAGACUGCCUGGAGCGGAUUCUUCGCGUUGGUUUUGCCGCGUUCUCUGUACUCUGGGCGUGCUGCCUACGAAUCUGUGGAGCUAAGCAGCCUUAGAUAUCAGCAGGAGGCUUUUUGGAUUCUCCUCCUUGAAAAGAUGCUCAGUUACCAAGCCCCUCCACCUAGAAAAUAAAAAUACAUUAAGAUG